AUGGCAAGUAUGACCAGUCAUGCAGAGGCAUAUCCAGUUGUUGACUCGAAUUUGUUCACAUUCAAACCAAAAUUAAAUGACAAGAGUAAUGAAAUCGCUCAAAAUCUUCUAUCGAAUUUUUAUGAACGACAAUCGAAACACACGCAACGACUAGCAGAAUUAAAAGAGUUGGCAGCGGCAAAUUAUCGUGAUUGGUAUACACGUGAUAAACGACCUAAACAACAGCUAGACACUCAGAAAUCGAAUUCAGAUACGCAGUCAGCCGUCGAUGAGCCAUCAUCGCCUAGACAAAAGGAUAUAUCAAUCGUACGUGCAAAAGAAAAUCAAUUCAAUAGUCGUUUGGCAAAACUUAUUCAGGCAUACGGUUCGUCGUUACCAAGACGAACUAAACUUCCAGCUGUACGCGCGCCAGUACGAACAGUCAAACAUGGUUCACGAGGUUCUGCACCUCCCGCAAUUCAAGUUAAACAAUCGGAAUCAACGAAGGUUGAAAUUCAAGAAUUGGCACCAUCACCCGUGGCUUCACCACCGUCAUUACCACCCGCGCCAGUACUUGCUCCAAUUGUGAUCCGGCCUACUCGUCGUGCGCCUAUGAUACUGAAACCGAAGUCUCCACCUAAAGUUGUUCGCCGAGUUGAAUCACCACCGAAACGAUCUACUGUUAUCAAUGAACCAGUCAAUUCAGAACGAUUAAAACUUGCACGGGAAGAAGCGGAACGCGCCAUGAGAGAACAUAAGAUCUUUACCAUUAAUGGUACAUAUCCAGCUUUACGGGAAUCCUUAAGACGUCGUGGCUGGGUAGAGAAAUUUGAUCGUACUCUCCUAUUCCCAUCCGUUCAUGAGAAAAAGAGAUCCAGCAAGAGAAACGCUAAAAGUGAUGAUGACGAUGACGAUGAUGAUGCCAUCGUUGGCGAUAUUGAUUACGAAGAACUUCCUGCUGACAGUGAGGAAAAUCAAACUCCUCCAUGGGAAGAAAACGAUGGUUAUUAUGGUAUUCUUUCACGUAUGGUUAAAACAGCGGCACCGGAUCUCGUAUGGACAGUUCUGGCAACGUAUGAUACAAGUCUCUUGAAUAGAGAUCAAAUGGUCAAUCAUUUCGAACGAAAUGGCUGCUUAACUACGAAAGUUGGACUUUGCACGGUUUUGAAAAAUUUGCCAUGGUUUCAUUCAGGUAGUGCAGAUGAAUUCUAUCCUCGAUGUUACAAACUAACUCACGAUGAUGAACGAACCGCAUUUAUUGAUGAUUAUCGUCUAACAGCGUGUAUCAGUUUUCUCAAACUUAUUCGAAAUCGCUGCAAAGGAAUUCUUGAGCCGAACAUCAAUUCAAGUCUCGACAUGAGUUUAAGCCAGCCAUCGUUACAAACUGUUCCAUCGUCAUUCAUUGAAUUUGCUUUGAAUAAAGUCGAACAAUUUACGGCGGCACGUAAUCACGAAGAUAUUGACAUAAAAUUAGCAUCACAAAAAGCCUCGACGGAUGAACAAUGGACACAGUUUAUCGAACAGUUUUAUGCUGCAUCACAUUUCUAUGCGGAAAUUGACGGAAUGAAAACCUACUCAAGUAGAGUUGAACAAUGCUUGAAAAAUGUCGAACACCAUUGGCCACAAUAUCGCAUUGAUGGGACAAGAAACAUUUGGAUAUCAAAACCCGGAGCAAAAUCUCGCGGGCGAGGGAUUGUUGUUUAUGAUCGUCUUGAUGACAUGUUAAAACUUUGCACUUCAACUGUCACUGAUAAAGCGAAAUUCAUUGUUCAGAAGUACAUCGAACGGCCAUUAUUGAUUCACAAUGUAAAAUUCGACAUCCGUCAAUGGUUUCUGGUUACCGAUUGGAAUCCGUUAACAAUAUGGAUGUACAAAGACUGUUAUUUUCGUUUUUGUACGGAAUAUUUUAGUUUAGCAACGCGUCAACAAAAUGUACAUUUAUGUAAUCAUGCCAUACAAAAACACUAUAAGAACAAUGCCACUCGACACUCGGAUUUACCACGAGAGAAUAUGUGGAGGAGUGCAGAAUUCAUUGAUAAGUACCUUCGACCGAAGAAGUUAGCUGCGAAAUGGGAUUCGUUUAUUUAUCCCUCGAUGAAAGAAGCAAUUAUAUGUGCAAUGCUCGUUGCACAAGACACGAUCGAUGCACGUAAAAAUUCUUUUGAAUUAUUCGGUGCAGAUUUCAUGUUGGGUGAAGAUCUUCAGCCAUGGCUUAUUGAAAUCAAUUGUAGUCCAACCAUGGCGCGUUGCACUGCUGUAACUACAGAAAUGUGUGAUGCUGUUCUUGAAGAUACUUGCAAAGUCGUUAUCGAUCGAAAAUACGAGCGAUCAGAAGAUACAGGCCGUUUUGAACUAAUUCACAAAGGCACGCUUGUUGCGGUUCCGAAUUAUGUUGGAAUUGACCUUCGUGUGGAAGGCAAAACUUAUAAAACCAAUCGAACGUAUGUCUCACGUAGUAACAAUAUCAAGACUGAUGCUCCCGCAUCAGCACCAGCAGCAACAACUUCAUCGAAAAAGUCACUGUCAGACUCGAUUAAUUUGUCAACAGAUCAUCAAGAUACUUUUCUCGAAAUGACUCAAUCAUCCGUUGAUUUCACAACAAAUAAAAAAACACUUGAUGAUCCUGCAUCAUCAACGAAGGGCGCCAGAGACGAACACGUUUCCAAAAUCAAUCUCGGCGAAUGUAUUUUCGAAGAAGAUGAAUUGAAAUCACCAGGUACUUUGCCGUUCUUCCGUCGUAUACAGAACACUUUCCUUUCACAUAAACGAAAAGAACCAAACGUCGGUGAAACGAACCAUAAUUCGAAAGUAUUCGACUCCGCUUCCAAUAUAUCUGCUCCUUCCGUGCUUGAAACUGAUAACGAACAUAUAACCGGGAUUCCAGUGUCUUAG